AAAGGAACGCUCACUCAUGCACUCACUUUGUCAGGAGACAGAAGAGUGGAGCCAUUUCCUAUGAAGCAGAGGAAAAAUUAUCUGACGUGACAAGUUGUUGGUGAGGGCGGUGUGUCGUCUAAAAGAACCCAUCUAGAUUUGUUUUGUAAACACCUGCUGGCCAUAUUUGGUUUCAAUGGAGCCCACUCCCAUGGUGUUCAAGGAGAAGUUUUUCAUCGUCAUACGGGGGAAGUCACGGAAAGGCUUCUCCCGGGGUUGCAUCGGUCAGGUGGAGGCGGAGACGCAGCGCGGGGAGCUGGUGGGGCUUCUCUACUCCGGGGGCCCCAAUGCAGGGAGCCCCAAGAACGGAGGUGUCGUGCGGAGGGAGGACACGUACACCCUGAGCCGCCACCAAGCCCAGCUUCUUCUCUUCGUCUCUUCGGCCAGCAAACGCUUGAAAGUGCUGUGUAACCCGCAGCUGUUCUCGGCUAUCUGUGAGCUGGCUGUGAAUGACCUGGUGGUGGUGAAGAACAAGAAGGCUCAUCUGCCGGCAAUGGUAAAGAACCUCAUGCAGAUUGGGAGGAAGGAGAACAAAGACGAACUCCAGAUGCUGGCGUUUGAAGUGGAAUAUGUGGACCAUGAUGUGUCUUUACUGUCAAAAAAGCAUGCCCCCCUGCCCCUAUUUAGUGCUGCAGACAUCAUCCAGGUGGUCCCAUCUCACUCUAUCCCUAUUGGACUAAACUGGAACACUGGCCAACAUGGAGGCACAAACAAAAAGGCUAUAACGCACAUCAACUCCAUGACAAAUCUUAGAUCUCAUGGACAAGUGAAAGAAAACCAUAAAGAGAAGAGGAUAAAUCCCAGUCGUAAUCACAAUGCAUCACAUGCACCUUUGGAAGUGGGGUCCUUGGUGGAAGUGGUGUCCAACACGGGCAUCACAGUAUAUGGGGUUGUGAGGUGGCUGGGUAUCCCUGACGGAAAAACUUCCGAAUGGGCUGGGAUCGAAUUGGACUACAAUGUGAACCAUUGCUCCGAUGGAACAUACGGGGGCCAGCGGUUGUUCAGUUGCAAAAAGGGCAGGGCUUUGUUUGUCCCUGUCACUAAAUGCAGCCCCGAUAGCAGGUUUGUCUGCUCAUCUACAGCAGAUGACACCAUCAACCAAGUGGAAAUUCCUCCAGUUCCUUCAUAUGUGGACUCUGAGGACUAUGUGGCACCCAUUGCUGAAUCAGAGGCCAUAUCUUUGUUAGUAGGAAAAAUGAAAGGGAUUCAGGGUCACAUCAACUCCUGCUAUCUGGAUGCCACUCUUUUCAGUUUGUUCAGCUCAUCUGUGACCCUGGAUAAUAUCUGCCACAAGCUUGCUGACACUGUGCAGCCCAUUGCUUCUACACUCAGAAAAAUAGUCAAUCGUUUACGCAGACAAGGGUUUGUGCCUGCUGCGAAUGUAAUGAAUUUUCGCAAUCAGCUUGGCUGUGACACCUUUCGAACCGUGGAAAAAGACCCAGAGGAAUUCAUCACACUUCUCUUUCAGACCGUUCUCGGCAUUGAGCCAUUGCUUAAACUCAGGUCGAGAAAUGAAAGUUGUCAGGGGACUUACACGUUCCAGAUCUUUCUGGAAAAAGAGCAGAUUACGCAGAUACCCACAGUUCAACAACUGCUGGACACUUCCUGCCUAUCGUGUGAUAUCAAGUUUGAAGAGAUGCCGUCUUGUCUGAUAGUUCAAAUGCCAAGGUUUGGAAACAAGUAUAAAAUGUUUUCUCACAUCAUUCCCUCCAUGGAGCUGGACAUGACAGACCUCCUGUACAACUCUCCAAGGCAAUGUUUCAUCUGUGGGCAAUUGGCAGAAGAUGAGUGUCUCCAGUGUCUGCCAGAUCCCAAACUGCAUCCAGGGAGAAUAAAACAGUACUGCACAACCUGCAACAUGCAGGUGCACAGACAUUUGUCGCGGCAGGGGCAUUCCCCACAGCCUCUGUCAGUUCCAGCUGAGGUCGCCACAGCUAUCCCUACAGCCCGACACAAGAUGCAGUUGUUUGCGGUGCUAUGCAUUCACACCAGCCACUAUGUGUCCUUUGUCAAAUCUGGCUCUGACCCACACUCCUGGCUCUUCUUUGACAGCAUGGCAGACAGAUGGGGUGAUGAUCAACGGGGCUUCAACAUCCCAGAGAUCCGAGCUUGUCCAGAGUUGGGUGACUUUUUGUCCCAGUCUGAUGAGGAGCAGGCACGGGCUAACCCCUCGUACGCUCCUGAACUUGUGCGCCGGCUGCUGUGUGACUCCUACAUGUUUUUAUAUCAGAACCCAGCAAUGACUUGUUCUAAUUCAAAUCAUCAGGAGCCUUAAAUGUAUGAAGACAAGGACGCUGUGUUCUGGCAAUAGCGCUUUAAUAAUAACUUUGCACUUUAUCAACCAGAUUUCAUUUUUUUUUUGCAUCCAAACAGGAAUGACUGGUAUUGUUUUCAAAUACCAAAAAAAUCUAAUAAUGUUUAGGAGGAAACGCUGUGGUAUUUUACUACAAUUUUGUUUUACAUAUUCGGACAUCUCAGGAGUACAACAUUUAUUUUUUUUUAUAGUCCUUUUUGUCAUAAAUUAUGGCUAUGUAUGGGGAUAUUUCAAAUGUAGCAUGUA